AAUUCACUGAAAAGCAUCCCACGAAUGGAGCUGAAUAUCUAAAGAUCGAAUUGUUGAGUGAAGACGAAUGUAGUGAUGUAAGGGCGUUUGGUAAAAGAAAAAGAAACAACAAUGUUAUUGAAACAAUCGAACCGUUGGGAAAAAGAGGAAGAGUUGAAGAGCCAAGACAAGGAAACGAAGGCUUAAA